ACGCGCCAGCGAACGGUUGUGUUUAACGGAAAGCAAUCAAAAGCAAAGAAGUUGACGAAGAAGAAGAAGUUCAGAAAGGAGAAGCAGCAGCAAAGUGUAAUACGCAAAAGCAAACAAAACUGCAACAAAUUUUUUUUUGUUUUGUGAAAGAGUUUUCUUCACUGUGUAUCUGUGGUUGGUGUGAGUGUGUUUGUUGUCUUCAAACCGGUUUUUUAUACAUAAAUGCGCGCUGCAACUGCAACAAUAAUAAAUACAAAAACAACAACAACAACAGCAGCAGCAACUAAACUACAACAACAACACUGUUUUUCGCUUGCCUGAUACAACAAUAAAAACAACAACAACAAAGAGUGUUAAUAUAAGAAGAACUGUAAAGAGAAAGAGAUGGCAUUCAACAUUGUAAGCCGCGGUCUUUUGCGCACUUCGAGAGAAAUCCUGGAACGCAAUAUGGCCGCAACGAUGGGCGCCCUGCAGCACCCCCCCUCACCACUCUCAACCCAGCAGCCAACGGGCGAUUACAACAAUAAUCGCCUGGUUGUGAUAAAUUCGAGCUGUGCAACACAUGCGCCAUGGCAUUUAAUGUCCGGCCGCACAGCUAUGAUUCAAGCAGUGCGCCAAUAUUCAAAGAAAACAGCAGGCGCAGCCACAAUGCGUCGCGAGGAAAGCGACAGCGAUUCGGAUUCGGAUGAUGAGUUCGAGCGACGUCGUCGCAAUGCUAAUGUUAAGCGCAGCGAGCGGGGCGACUCUGAGUUUUGGCGCCGCAAGAUGCGCACCUUGCAUCGCAUUAUGGACGUGAAUCACGAUGGUGUCAUCUCAUAUGAUGAUUUCAAUUUGCUGGCAAAACGUUUCAGCGAUUUGGGCCAUUUGUCGCCCGAAGUGGCCGCCGAAUUCAACGAUGUGAUUAAGCAGACGUGGGAGGAGCAAUUUGGCGAGAUAACGCCAUAUAAUCUGGUUAAUGCCGAGCAAUUCUUAACCGAUCUGCAUCAUCGACUGAAUGACAAGAAAAUGGCCAAGCGCAUUGGACGCUUUUUGCCGUAUUUGUUUAAGGCCGUUGACUUUGAUCACACUGGCCACUUGGAUCUCGAACAAUAUAAGCUCUUCUUCCGCUGUCUGGGACUCACCGAAGAGGAUGCUGCCGUUUCAUUUGCUGUGAUAGACAAGAAUGGCGAUGGCCAGUUGUCGCUAAAGGAGUUUGUUCAUUUGGGACGUCAAUUCUUUUUGACCGAGGAUGAUACAAAAAUAUCGAAAAUGUUCUGGGGUCCGCUAAUCACUGACCAUUGA